AUGGCUGAUGCGGCCCCGGCCGUCCGCGACGGCGGAAUGACGGAAAAACUUGCGCCGAUGGACGGGAAUGCCGCGCCGGGCCCCGAGAGCGCGGCUCGAGGGGCUGACCACCCGCCCUUGGACCACAAGGCGUCGGAUGCCCCCAAGACCGGCGAGGACGACCUGGAGUACCUGCAGGGAGCAACGCUCACUCGCCGGAAGGAGUACGUCGACAAGGAUCCAGAGGCGCGAGGAUCGAACCGCGUGAUGUACUACCGGCGCAACGCGGACUACGACCGCCUCGUCCAAGUGUGCUCCCAGAAGCUCCGGGCGAACCCACGCAACAUGCGCGCCCUCCUCAUCCGCGCGACGUCCUACAUGAAGAAGGACAUGCUCGACCAGGCGCUCGCGGACUACUGCGCGGUGAUCAACAUCGAGGGCACGCACGUCGACGCCCGCUUCCACCGCGGGAGCAUCUACCAGAAGAGACAGGAGGCGGAGAACGCCAUCGUGGACUUCACGAAAGUGCUCGAACUGGACCCCAUGCACGUCAAGGCGCUCUACGCCCGCGCCGCGUGCUACAACCUCAUCCAGGAAUACGAGAAGGCCGUGGACGACUACAACCGCGCGCUGGAGCUGGACAAGGAGCUGAACCAGCGCCGGAAGUGGGUCCGCCAGGCCCGCCGGAACCUCCCGGAGAACGACCCGGCGCUAAAACCCCUCCCGGAGGUACAACGCGCGCAGAAGGAGGCCCAGAAGGCGGAGGCGGAGGCGGCGAGGGUGCAGCAGCUGCGGCUGGAGCCCGGCGAGGAGGGCGUGGAGCCCGGGACGGACGCGCCGCCGAGCGCGCGCAGCCCGAAGGGUCGCGCGGCGGAGACCGCGAUGCCCGGCGCGGGUGGCGCGAGCGCGGCGCCGACGCCGCGGCCGGACGCGUCGUCGAUGAUAACGCCGCGCGCGCUGUCGAGCUCGACGACGGCGACGGCGCGCGCGAGCGACGCCGGGACGGAGGCGGCGGCGCAGCCGUCGGCGGGCGGGGGCGUGGAGCCCAACUCGUCCCCGAACACCGCGCGGACGGACGCGAGCGCGGAGACGGCCGCGGCGCCGUCGCAGCGCCAGCAGCGCAGCGUGCAGGCGGACUACCACCACUCGAAGGGCUACGCGUACCGCAAGCAGGGCAACUUUCUGCGCGCGAUCGAGGAGUACUCGAAAGCCAUCGCGAUGCAGCCGGGGCACUUCAAGGCGCUGUUCAACCGCGCGUUCUCGUACGACAAGAUCGGCGAGUACCGGAAGGCCAUCGACGACUACACGGCGGCGCUCGAGGUCGACAAGAAGAACAGCUUCGCGUUCUACAACCGCGGCAUCACGUACGACCGGCUCGCGAGCUACCGGGACGCGAUCGAGGACUUCACGACCGCGAUCUCGCUCGACAAGGGCAACGCGGACUUCUACCACAACCGCGGGUUCUCGCUGCGCAAGGACGGCCGCUUCGAGGAGGCGAUCGAGGACUACACGUACGCGAUCAAGCUCAACCCGAAGCACUGCCGCGCGUACUACAACCGCGCGUUCUCGUACGACCGUCUGAAGAAGUAUGACCUCGCGGUCGCGGACUACACCCGCGCGCUCGAGAUCGAGCCGCAGAACGCGACGGCGUACCAUAACCGCGGCUCGCUCUUCGAGCGCCUCGGGCGGCUCCAGGAGGCGCUCGCCGACUUCAACAAGGCGAUUCAGCUCGACCCCAAGUCGGCGCUGUCGUUCAACGCGCGCGGGCUGCUCCUCGAGCGCAUGGGCCGCCUGGAGGUCGCCAUCAACGACUUCGACCGCUCGGUGACGCUCGAGCCCACGAACCCCGUGUUUCUGCGGAACCGCGGGCUGUGUCACCGCACGCGCGGCGACUACAAGGCGGCGGUCGCGGACCUCACGCGCGUGCUGCAGAGCGCGCCGCAGGACGUGACGGCGCUCAGCAACCGCGGGUACGCGUACCGCAAGAUCGGGAACUUCGAGGCGGCCGCGAACGACUACACGCGCGCCCUGCAGCUCCAGCCCGGCACGAUCCGGCUGUACAACAACCGCGGGUACUGUCUGGCGAAGCUCGGAAAGUACAAGGACGCCAUCCAGGACUACGACGCGGUGAUCGCGCGCGACGACAGCAACACGCACGCCUUCCACAACCGCGGGAUCAGCUACGACAAGCUCGGGCUGUACGAGGACGCGAUCCAGGACUUCACGCGCGUGCUGGAGCUGGAGCCGAACAACGUGAACGCGUACUUCAACCGCGGGUCGGCGUACGACUCGGUGGGCAACUACGAGAGCGCGGUGAACGACUACAGCAAGGCGCUUGACUUGGAUGCCACGCAGGGCAACACGCCGCGCAUGACGCCGCGCAUGAACACGCCGCACGGCGUGACGCCCGCGGACACCCCGCGCAGCCUCGCGACGCCGCGGAACGUGCCGGGGUGA